UUCAUACCUGUCUUCCCUUUCAUAAUCUCUUGUCGUUGACUAUCAUCAUGUUUUGACAGUUCUACAUCAAUAACUGUGCCUUUCUAGAGUUCGAGGCUGACUCUCAUUCUAUCUGACGGAAGUACAGCACCAGUGCUCAGACUCGUUUUUGGCAUUCAACACCAACCCAGUGCAGAUUCUAACUUGAUAUUUACUACUUUGUGUCCAGGAAGCGGACAGCUUGUAUGCCUAGAUCGACUUUAUUUGUCGUUCCGAAAGACAAUAUUCCAAUCAGCACCACGGCCAAAGCAGGAAGGAUAGACUACCACCUGGAACACUUCCCUGCUGCCAGCUAUCGGGAUUCGAGACAAGCCUCUUUAGUUUGAUGUCUGGGUUGGUACUUUCGUCAAACCACUAGCAUGAAAGCUCCCUCCGUGAAGUAUCGCAUGAUAUGGAAUAUCCAGGUACUGAAAAAGUCUUAGACAGCCUCUUACCUUUGAACCGCCCGGACUCCGCGCCAGCCUACGCAUCUCUUUGACGCACGUCUUCCCUAUUGCACGCCAGCCCCCUGGGUCUGUGCCACCAUCAGCCGUUCGGGUUCGCUUUUCUUCCUUGGACUGACUGGGAGAUCACUUAUCGCUUCAUUGCACCCCUGGGCUGUUCUGAGCGGCUAACACAGGUUCCAUCACCUCUCAUGCACCUCUAAGGCUUCAGCACCAUGGCGUCCAGACGACGGUCAACCCACGGUGGGCGUGAGCCAGGGAAUCAUGCAUCUAGGAGGAGUGCAGUUGACACCAAAAAUACUUUCAUCCCGCCUGAGACUGGAGAAAUGAAUACAGAGUUGUCGGAACGUUUCAAAAGUGCUCGCCGCUAUCCAAACACUCACAAUGCGGUGAGCAACGCAUUUGAUGACAGGCCCAAUCCCACUCUCUGUUUGGACAUUCGUGACUAUUACAUGAAGCAAAGACAGAUCCGGGCCACUUCAGACAAGGAUGCCUGGCUUUCUCAGGAUGAGAUCCCCACAAAGCAGGAGCUGGCAGUUGGAGAAGCCACUCUCCUGCCAAACAAGAUUGACAGCCCUUACAAGAGCAAGGAAAGAUACCUGAAAACCCACUAUGCACUACUCAGGGAGGACGCCGUUGGUUGCCUUCGUGAUGCUAUUCAGGACUUCCGUCAGGACCCAGCGACGGGUGACACUACCAAGUUUUCAGUGUACGACCAAGUCCACAUUGUUGGUUUUACUUUUGCCCGUCGAGGAGUUGCAGCCAGGAUCAAAUUCACAACGCGCCGGGCAGGAAGACGCAUCAAAUGGGCCAACAGUAAAAGACUGGUCAGCGGCAGCAUUGUCGCACUCAUCCCAGCCAAAACCAAGGGUAUAGAUUUGAAUGACAUGGUUGUGGCCGUGAUCGCAGCGAGGCCGUUGGCUGGCUUGUUGUGUGAACCUCCGGAGAUCGACAUCUACUUUGCUCGUCCUGAAGAAAUCCAGCUCGACCCUCAAAAAGAGUGGCUCAUGAUCGAAGCAAAGCAAGGAUACUUUGAAGCGUACCGUCACACAUUGAAGGCCUUGCAGAAGCUAAGUCAAGAGACUUUCCCCAUGUGCGAUCACAUCUGCCAUCUUUCUCCCUCGGUCCAUCCUCCUGCCUACAUUCAUGAGAAUCCCACUCUCGAUCUGAGCGCAGCUGCCUCUGUGGCGCAGAAGCCAGAAUAUUCCAAAGUCGAUGUCACCAAAGAUUGGCCUUCACCUCCCGCUGACUCGUUAGACGAUACGCAAUGGGAGGCUUUGCAAGAGAUUUUCACCAAGCGACUAGCCAUUGUCCAGGGACCCCCAGGGACGGGGAAGACAUAUGUCUCGAGAAUAGCACUUGAGAUUCUGCAUGCGAAUCGAUCGACGGCAUCGGAUCCACCUAUCGUCGUUGCUGCCCAGACAAAUCACGCUCUCGAUCAGCUUUUGCAGCAUAUCUCUGUUUUUGAACCGAAUUAUAUUCGACUGGGAGGCCGUUCUACCAAUCCCGAAGUUCAGAAGCGGGCUUUGUUUGCAGUUCGGAAAAGCGAGCGACUCAAGCCAAUGCCAGGUGGACUGCUCGGCAAAACGAACAGCCUCCUCAACAAACAAAUCAUCACCAUGACCGAGAUCUUGGAACCUUUUGCUAUGUCAGGGCCAGACCCGUGGUCCACGGAUCAGGUUUCCGGCCCCAAGGUGCUCGAGAAGCUAGGGGCUAUCAGCGCUCAACAAGCCCAGUCACUCGAAGAUGGUGCGUCUCAAUGGGUCUCGACAACCACAGCAGUAGAAGGCCCCAUGCAAUUAUGGUUGGAUAAAGCGCUCGUACCCUUCGUGGUCAACUACACCCAAGAAAAGUAUGGCUUCGAGGAAGUUGAGGAUAACGAUCUCGAAUUUGAACAGCUCAGAGAAAACGAAGACUCCACUGGAGUCAAUGAUGAGGAGGACAUCGAAUUGCUCAAAGGUCCAUGGAAAGAACUUCAUGACAGAUUCAUGGUGCAGGCCCCGUCACCAGCGGAUCUCACUAGAGCUGCAAAGUUGCUGGAUACGGUUUCGGAUUUAUGGAAGAUCCCGUCCUCCUGGCGUGGUCCUGUUUACCAUGUUAUCCAGUCACGAGCGAAAGACGCAAUUGCAGCCAAGUUCCGUGAGGCAGCUGUGGUCUACGGCCAACUCGUUAAAGACAAUCUUGUUGGCAAAUGGGAACAAGAUGUUAUCCAUCUCCAACGAGCCUCUAUUAUCGGCAUGACAACCACUGGUUUGAGCAAAUAUAGGACUCUCGUGUCAGCGGUUAAGCCAAAGAUUAUCCUCAUUGAAGAGGCGGCCGAGGUUCUGGAAGCACCUAUCGCAGUCGCAUGCGUGGAAAGCCUCGAGCAUCUCAUCCUUGUUGGGGAUCAUCAACAGCUUCAAGGUCACUGCAGCGUCAAGGAUUUAGAAGGCGAACCUUUCUAUCUGAACGUGUCACUGUUUGAAAGACUGGUACGGAACAACAUGUCUUUUAAAAUGCUGCUUCACCAGCGACGAAUGAUGCCCGAAUUUCGCCGACUCAUCUCCGUCCUCUACCCGCACUUGAGGGAUCAUCCUAGUGUCGUCAAUCGUGCGGUCAAAUCCUGGGGUAUGGGCAAGAUCACAUCAUUCUUCUUCGACCACGACUGGUGGGAGGCAAAAGACGAGUCCCUCUCGACGUAUAACCCGGAAGAGGCCAAAUUUAUUGCUGGGUUCUACCGUUACCUUUACAAGAAUGGUAUCGGCCCUUCGCAGAUUACCGUACUUACCUUUUACAACGGACAACGCAAACGCAUUCUCGUUGAGUUGAAAGCCUUCCCGGAACUUCGGAGCGUCAGCAGAAUCAAUGUGAAAACGGUCGAUUCAUACCAAGGAGAAGAGAACGACAUUGUCAUUCUGUCUCUGGCCCGAAAUAAUGAAGAAGGCAAGAUCGGCUUCUUGUCCAACGUCAACAGAACCUGUGUGGCUCUUUCACGGGCGAAAUACGGGUUUUACCUUUUUGGAAAUGCUAGGAUUCUCAUGAAUGGGAGUGACUUGUGGAACACCGUCCUCACAAUGCUCGAAGCAAAUCCCAAGCGACGGGGCGAUGUUCUUCCCAUUCAGUGUAAGCGACAUGGCAGAACAACCUUGAUGAAAUAUCCAGUAGACUGGGAAAAUAAUGAAGGGGGUUGCAUGCAGCCUUGCGAGACGAUCUUGCGUUGCGGUCACCAUUGCCCUCAUCUCUGUCAUCAAGACUCUCACGACGACGUCCAAUGCACACACGACUGUUACAAGACGCUACGAUGUGGCCAUGAAUGCAGCGGCCUAUGUUCUCAAAUAUGCUUCUGCACUUGUGAGGCAUUCACGAAAUUCAAUCAAGCUGAAGCGAUGGCAGGCGAGCCUGUUGGAUUGUUGCCUGAUACGAAUGCUGAGAGAGGCAACAAAUAUGAGGAUGUAUGGGGUUCACAGACGAAUGGUCAGAAGCUCACCCAUAACGGCAGCGCAUCUUGCUUACCUCUACAGGGUAUCCCUCUCGCGAGUAGAAGCGGUGUCGGUCCACGCCGUAUCUCAGCUUCGGGCCCUUGCAUGAAUUUUUCGCCUCCGACGCGCCCGGCACUCUCGAAGGCCGGAGACCGAGGGAGCGGAGCUCGCAACCCGGCAUCACAGGGGAUUUUCAAGACCGAUUCAUUAUCUCCACAAAAGCAGGGCGAGCUCCGGAGAGGUUGGAAAGACUUUGCUGAGGGAGGUUUUGUCGCUGAUGACGAGCGUCUAUACUCGCUCACGUCGCAAUCAUCGCCGAGCCGGCAGCGAAGCGGACCUUCCGGAAUCGACUCUGGGCUAUCUUCAAGCGCUCAGUGUGAGCCUCAAGGAAACUCUCAGGCGUUGUCAAUCAAAGAAGAAGCUGUGGUGGCCAUGAACAACGGCAGAACGAGAUUCCUGCACGAAUACCAACCCCAAGGUGCCCACAGCAGAGAUGUAUUGCACACCGAGCCACUCCGCAGAGGUCAAUUUGGAGACGACAGUCGCACUGUCGUACAAAUGAACCCAGCUUCCACCGUGGCAGGAAAGUCAGACAAUGACGAGUUGAAGCGCAAGCCAGACCCGAGCAGUGCUGUGGAGAGCAAUGAACGGAGCACUCCAGAACCGAAACAGCCAUCAGCAGUGCCUACCAAAGAAGAGAAGACCGCCAGUGAUAUUCUGGACGACUUGAGAGAGUUUGAUGGGUAUCUCCGGAACUCUUGAAUGGGCGUGACAGAGACAGUUAGGCGUCGUCCAUGGGAUUGUUGUUGGAGUAGAAGCCGACGAGACGCAGCAAGAUCUCGAUCGACAGGGUGUUGCAGAGGGUUGUGGCACUGGGGACCGUGGAUAAUGGAGAAGAUGGCACGGUCAGUGAACAACACCAACGAAGGGGCACAAGGCUGCUGUCGUUUGUGUGUGUAUGAGAUAUUCACAACUGGGCAGGGGAAACAAAACAGUGAUGCUCGCCUGUGGCCCUGAGCGAUGGAGUUAUCGACGGGAAAUUCUGCGUUUGUAGGUGGCUACAUGCUUGAUUCCAUUCGUACUGGCUUCAUCAAAUCAUGAGCCCUGAAAUUGAGAAGUAACUCUACAGGGUAUUAAAGAGUCUUCAU